GGUGUUGAGUACAGUGCGAAUAACCAAACAUCAUGAAGAUGCUGGAUAUUUUUAAAUUAAUAAUGUGAACAAUUCGCAUCUGACACAGUUUUCUUGCUAAUCGGAGGGCGAAUCAGAGGAUUUUAAGUUUUCCGCAAGUUUUUCCAUUGGCCUUUGAUGACCGUUGUGAAUUUUCCCAAUGGCGCAUGCACGGCUCAGCUGUGUGCAAUCGCGACCAAUUUACGUAGGAAAAUAAUGUAUUUUAUAGUAUUUUUAUUCUAUUAGACGGAGUACUGGACAUGGUAUUCGUGAUAUUAGAAAACAUGGACUGCCCAUCCAGUAUUGCAACAGUGCAUAAAUUGUGCUCAUAUUACAUGUAGCCUUUCAUUUUGCAUUGUUUUUGAUGCAUCAAAAGGAAUAUAACAUUUUUGAAAGAAAUUUACCUUAGCUUCUAGUAGAAGAAAUGGAUGCAGUGAGAGAUGAGGACAGGCGCAGGCGCCUGAGGGUGCUGGAGGAUCGUAUAAAAGAUCCAAGAAGCAUUACAAACAUCGAUUGCUUAUUAGACACAGUCCAAGCCCUGGUGGCAGAUUGUGAUCAUCCCAGCGUAAAACGUAUGAAAAAUAUAGAAGCAUAUAUGAAUAGAUAUGACUCGGUGGCUCAAGAUAUUUGUAAAAUGCGAAUGCGUACAGAUGACUUCACUCUGAUAAAAGUGAUAGGUCGCGGGGCAUUUGGGGAAGUACAAUUAGUCCGGCAUAAAUCGACACAGAAAGUAUAUGCUAUGAAAUUACUCAGUAAAUUUGAAAUGAUCAAACGAUCAGACUCAGCUUUUUUUUGGGAAGAGCGUGAUAUAAUGGCACAUGCCAAUUCUCAAUGGAUAGUUCAACUCCAUUUUGCAUUUCAAGAUCAAAAAUAUCUUUAUAUGGUAAUGGAUUAUAUGCCUGGCGGUGACUUAGUAAACUUAAUGUCGAACUAUGAUGUGCCAGAAAAAUGGGCAAAAUUUUAUUGCGCGGAAGUGGUGCUUGCAUUGGAUGCGAUACACUACAUGGGAUUUGUUCACAGAGAUGUAAAGCCAGAUAAUAUGUUACUUGAUAAGCAUGGUCACUUGAAACUUGCAGAUUUCGGUACUUGUAUGAGGAUGGAUGUUGAUGGCCUUGUUCGAUCUGAUACUGCAGUGGGUACUCCUGAUUAUAUAUCACCAGAGGUACUUCAAUCUCAGGGUGGUGAAGGGGUAUAUGGAAGAGAAUGUGACUGGUGGUCAGUCGGCGUGUUUUUAUAUGAGAUGCUUGUCGGCGACACUCCCUUUUAUGCAGACUCGUUAGUUGGAACGUACUCAAAGAUUAUGGAUUUUAGAAAUUCACUACACUUUCCACAAGAAGCUGAUAUUUCUCAGUCUGCCAAAAAUUUGAUUUGUGGUUUUCUUACGGAUAGAACUAAACGGUUGGGAAGAAACGGCGUAGAAGAAAUAAAAAAUCAUCUAUUCUUUAAAAAUGAUCAAUGGACUUUCGAAAAUUUACGGGAAUGCGUUCCUCCUGUGGUACCAGAACUUUCUGGCGAUGAUGAUACUAGGAAUUUCGAUGAUGUCGAUAAAGAGGAUGGACCUGAGGAAUGUUUCCCUGUACCAAAAGCAUUCUCUGGAAAUCAUUUACCUUUUAUUGGUUUUACAUAUUCGGGAGAUUAUCAAUUAAUGGCUUCAAGUGGCAAAGAAUCAGUAGACGGGUUAGAGAAUCAUAUCAAUAAUGGUACAAGCGACGAUAUUAAAAUUUCUCAAUUAGAAAAUUUAUUGGACAAAGAAAAGAGACAAGUAGAAAAUUUGGAAUCGAGACAGAAAGCUUUAACAACGCAAUUAGAAGUCAUGGCACGCCGGGAAUCUGAAUUACGUGAAGAGAUAGGAAGAGCGGACAAGGAACUAACUUUGUUAAGACAUAAUUACAAGGAGGCACAACGUAGAAUAGAGCAUGAGACGGAAACGCGUAGAAAAGCAGAAUCGUUAUUUGUAGAAUUAAAAAAGAAGUUCGACGAAGAGCAGACAAAAAGGGCACGCGAUGCGAGCAACUCUCAACAAACAUCUGAGCGUGUUUCGACUCUAGAGAAACAAAUCAAGGAAAUGCAAUCAAAAUUGGAAAGAGAAACAGAAACAGUAACAAGGUUACGGAAACAAGCUACGGAAGUUACUGUUGCUCGUCAAGCUGCAGAACAAAUGGCAAACGAAUUGCAAGUGGCGAGAGCACAAUUACAAGCUCAACGAGACAGCUUACAACAAGAAGUGGCAAUGCUGCAAGGGCAAUUAUCAAAAGAACGUAGCUCUCGAUCACAAGCGUCAUCCUUAACCGCCGAAUUAGAAAGUCGUCUUUCUGCUCUUCAUCUCGAACUCGAACAUAGUCGAGAAAAAGAGGAGAAAGCAAUUAUGGAUAACAGACAAUUGACUGAAAGAAUUUCAGCAUUGGAAAAAGAAGCAGCAAGCUUAUCUUUAGAGUUAAAAGCCGCGCAAGCUAGAUACAAUCAAGAGGUUGUGGCUCAUCAAGAAACUGAACGUUCACGUAUGUUAUCCAAAGAAGAAGCCAAUGUGGAAGUUGUUAAAGCACUACAAGCAAAAUUGAACGAAGAGAAGAGUGGACGACAACGUGCUGAAUUGCUUGCACAAGAGAAGGAGAGGCAAACUUCCAUGCUUUCUGUGGAUUAUCGGCAGAUCCAGCAGCGAUUACAGAAAUUAGAGGGCGAACACAGACAAGAGGUGGAAAAGGUAAAAGUGCUACAGGGUCAAGUUGAACAAGAACAGCAGAAGAGAAACGUACUGCAGACUGAUUUGGCACAGUUGUCAUCGGAGGCAGGACGAUUGCGUGCAAGGGAACAGCAGUUGUUAGGUGAAGUAGCCCAUCUGAGAGAAGCAAAACAGCAAAUAGAAGAGGAAUUGCAUCACUUAAAGACUCAGAGGAAUGCAGAUCAAUUACAAACUAAAGAACUGCAAGAACAAUUAGAAGCGGAAGCUUACUUUUCGACUCUUUACAAAACGCAGACACAGGAACUUCGGGAAGAACUCGAUGAGAAGAUACGAUUACAGCAAGAGUUAGAGGAAGAACGUACUUCUUUGGUACAUCAAUUACAGUUGUCAUUAGCAAGAGGCGAUAGUGAAGCUUUAGCGAGAUCAAUAGCUGAAGAAACAGUGGCAGAUCUUGAAAAAGAACGGACGAUGAAAGAAUUAGAGUACAAAGAUGGAGUUGCCAAACAUCAUCAAGAAGUGAAUGCAAAAGAACAGAUCAUAAAUCGACUGAAGGAUAGUGAAGGUGAACUCAAGAAAACCAUUGAUCAAUAUCUUAAAGAAAAAGAUGAUUUAAAUAAACGGUACAAAGAAUUGCAAGACCAACUAUCGAAGGCGCAAUCAAAUGCCGAAGAAAUCGAAAAACUCAGUAGUAAAUUGAAAACUGAACAAUUAUUGAAACAACAGGCAGUUAAUAAAUUAGCAGAGAUUAUGAAUAGGAAAGACUUAUCUUCGAGCGGCAAAUCUAAGAACAAAGCUUCUGCAGCAGAUUUAAGGAAGAAGGAGAAAGAUUGCAGACGAUUACAACAGGAACUAACUCAAGAAAGAGAGAAAUACGGACAGCUGGCAGCUAAAUGGCAAAAAGACUUACAAGAUUUACAAGCGCAGUUGGUAGAAGAAAACCAAUCGAAAUUAAGGCUACAAAUGGAACUUGAUUCGAAAGACUCCGAAAUAGAAACGUUACAGAUGAAAAUAGCGUCUCUCAAUUCGGAAACCGCUAGUGUUUCGUCCGUGGAAAAUGAUGGAGAGGAUUCCGUUUUGUCGGAACAUGGUACGCUGCGAUUGGAAGGUUGGUUACAUGUGCCAAAUAAACAGAAUAUUAAAAGGCACGGGUGGAAGAAACAAUAUGUCGUUGUCUCUUCGAAGAAAAUAAUAUUUUACAAUAGCGAGAACGAUAAAAUAAAUGCCGAUCCGGUUCUAAUAUUGGAUCUAAAUAAAGUCUUCCACGUCAGAUCAGUUACUCAGGGUGAUGUCAUCCGAGCCGAUGCCAAAGAUAUUCCGAGAAUUUUCCAGUUAUUAUACGCUGGUGAAGGCGAAGCUAGACGUCCUGGUGAUGAAGGAAACACAUUGCCUGGAGUAGAACUGCCACAACUUACGGAUAGGCCGGGCACGCAAUCAUUAAAAGGCCAUGAAUUUGUACCAAUAUCGUAUCACAUGCCGACCACUUGCGAAGUGUGCUCGAAGCAAUUGUGGCACAUGUUUCGACCACCGCCAGCUCUUGAGUGUCGAAGGUGUCAUAUAAAAGUGCACAAGGAGCACUUAGACAAGAAAGAGGAUGCCAUAGCACCGUGUAAAUUGCAUUAUGAUCCAAACAGUGCCCGCGAGUUAUUAAUCCUGGCUGGUAGUCCUGACGAGCAGAAAUAUUGGGUCGCGAGAUUAUCCAGACGUGUACAAAAAUGUGGUUACAAAGCAAACUCGCACGUUGACGGCACGGGACAACGUGUCUCGCCAAGGGAGUCUACGAGAUCCACCUUGAAGCCAUAUUUAUCGGUACAACAGAGAUCCGCGACUCUGCCAGCGAACGCCAGCAUGGGCAAGUGACCUUAGUUAGCAUCGACAAUAUUCGAUUGGGAUUCGUUGCUUUCGACGUCCUUUCUAAUCGAUCAGGUUUAAGUGAAAUGAAAUUCGAUCGGAGUUGCUCAGACGAAUCAUUUGCGACUAUAAGACUCGAAUGUGCGAAAUCAGUUUUCGAGACUCCGUAUCAGCUGGAGGAUGUCUGGAGAAAUCCAUCUUAUUCAUGUGUCUUAAAAAAAAAAUUAGAUCCGAAUAUACACAGAGAAAAUAAGAAAAAACACAUUGUUACCAACUUCUUAGCGAGUACGAGGAAAUUCAACGAAACCGCUCGUUGAUACUUGUACCGAACAUUAUUUGUAGGUACAUAUUCGUUAAACGAAUCAAACGUGCCUUUGAUGUAUUCAGACGUCGAUGAAACUCGACUGACCGAAAGAAAGUUGAAGGGACAAUGUUUAUCAGGAAAUGCUGUGUGAUGAAGGUUGCCGGGAAAUGGAAUUGACAAACGAUUAACAAGGAGCAUGCAGCUGUUAUUUAUAAGAUCAGAUGAUAAAAAUAUUAUUUAUCAAAAUGAGCAUUGAAAUCAUAACAAGUUGAGUACGUGGAUCGUCUGCCUCGGAUUCACCAAACUGAAAUCAUGUUCGGUUCAUGGACGAUUCGCCAUACUACUAUCAAGAGAUCAUUGUUAAAGAUAUUUUUCACGCGGGGAAAUGGAUCCAGUUUUUAUGAUUUAUCUCUUUCGUAGACGCUUACGCUUAAAGUUACUUUCCUUGUACAUAAAUUGAGUUUGUAAGAACUGUUUUUCAAUUAAUUGAGGGAUUUGUUUCGUUCAUUUUGUGAUGGCAUCGUGAAAGAAUUAAUAUUGCGAUGCUUUCGCAAAGAGAAAUGAUUGUUUGCGAUAUGUAUGUAGAGUUUGCUCGAUUUCUUGGCGGAUAUUUAAGUACGUGCUUUGAGAACUUGGUAACGUAGUGUACUUACUACACCAAAUUGAUAGUAUUAUUAUUUUUAUACGCUGCAAGAUUAAGGCAUAUGGAUAUUUGAUGAUUUUUAUGCUAAAGUGAAGAGGAUAAGGAAGAGGAGCAUUGACUCAUAUAUAGAAAGACAUGUGCUAUUUCAGCUGGCUAUAACUCGGACUAAUAUCUAUUUUCAGCAUAAACAACUUAUUACCAUGUUUUAAUGCAAUUAUUAGAAAAUGUUGCGAUCGAGAUUCGUAUUUGGUAAAGCUUGAAAGUAUUUUAAUGCGAAUCAUAAUCGUGGAAUAUACAAUUCGAACAUCGAAACUUGUGAAAGUCUUAGCCGUGUCUUUACGAACAUAUUUUUGUAGUCUUUGAAACUUCCAAAUCCCUUUACUGUCUUCAUUUUGUAUUUUUAUACUCGUUAGGGCAAAAUUCUUAUUUUCAAUUUGUAAUUCGUAGAUCUCCAAAGGCAUUGAAACGCUUGAGAAGACUGUACAUUUUGUGAAUCCUUGUUUCUUCUCCCUUGACAUUCUUUGGAGUAUUAAUACGAAUCACGUCCAAGCCACAAAAAGAGUGGGACUGGUGGAAUACAACGCAGAUAAAAUUGGGAUGCGAAGUUUGAGCAAACAUUAUCGUAAAAUACUAAGGAACAGCGCCACGAACGAGCUUCAUUGUAUAGUAGAGAUAUGAUAUUUACAGUUGUAACUUAAAAAUUUUUUAAUAUGAUGUACAAUACAUUCGCUAGAUAAUGGUGAAUAGGAAAAUGAAUGAAAAGAGAAGGAUUAUCGAAAAAAAAGCGUAGACUUGCGUGCUUAUUCGAGAGAAGUUUAGGGUAACGAUAUCGUGAAAGUAAAUGUCGAGGAAAAAAAUGUUCGUGCAAGGAGUAAUAGAGGCAUCAGUAUAUCAUAGUAAAGAGACAAGAAAGAUAAGGGCUUGUAACAAAUUAACGAAACGUCAUUGCCGUUUGUGUUCUAUCCACGAUAUAUUAUAGCGACACAUGAUUUUCGAAUGAGCGGAAUUUUUCGUUGAUCGUUUUAAACGAUCUAUUUGCACAUCGAACUCGUUGCACAUCAUCGAAGAUUAUUACGUGUUCGUUAAAUGGUGCUCUCUCUCCCCACUCCAGCCCGCUUCUUCUUUCGAUGCCCCUUUAAUCUCCUCCCUACACUUUAUUUUCCUUUAGUUUUCGGGGAAGAAUAGAAUUUCCGCAAGCUAAAGGAAGCGAGUGACGCUAUUACAUUGGUUCAUUAAUAAGCUAUGAGAGAGCUAGAAAUUUGCAGAAGUGAUUAUCGAAAUAGAAAUGCCACUUUGUUGACUACCUGUCCUGUGCCUUCCUGUUCUAACUCCCCGUCGAACCAUUCUUCUUUUUACGAUGGAAUGGAAAAAUAAUUUUUUGUCAUCGCGAAUUACGGAAACACAGGAAAAGUGAGAGAGUGAAAGAAAAGAGAGAGAAAUAGAGAAGCAAGAAUAAGCGGAAGAACUUGUUACAGCAUAUUUUAUUAUUGUUUAGUUAUUUACAAUUUGUAUAUUAUUAAUUAAUAUUACGAUUAAAGUAUUUUGUAGAUAAUACGCGGGUCUAUGUAGACUUUUCUACCAUCGCCGAACGAUGAAUUUGAGUUAGUUAUCGGAUAGAACAGAUCAUUUUAAAACGAAUACGAUCUCCUCUGUCCGAUGACUUAUUCUUCAUUAAAUAUCUCGACUGAUAAUUUUAUCCGAUCGUGAUAAUUUAUAGUAGUUAAUCGUAAGAGACGGUACACACAUAAAACGGAGCGAAUUUGAUUGCCAUUA